CCGCCGCCGCCGCACAGUUCUCUUCAAGUUCUUAUGCUCGCAAGUUGAAGAAAUCAUUCUAAUCGUCGUCUUCUAUCAACAAAUUUCAUCAAGAAAAAUUAUACUGAUUUGACCUAGUUUUAACUAGCGACUUCACUACGAUUUUCUCUACUCAAUGGCGACAGUAAGUAACUCGGAGGGUAUAGAAGCUCUUCGGCGCCUGAAGUCGUCAGAGCCACCUCUUUAUCUUUCUUCGUCUUCGGAACUCUCUGAAGCUGCUCGUUUGGCUUCUCAGUUCAUAUUCUCUUCUCUCAGUCCUCACACCCCCAAGUCUCCUUUCGAUAAUCUACUCGUUAAGGGUUUCGACGCCGAACAGAUUUGGCAGCAAAUAGAUCUUCAAUCGCAACCAUUGAUUUCAAACUUCCGUAGGGAACUGAAGAAAUUGGAGAAAACCCCUGAGAACAUAUCAAAGUUAUUUGGUGAAGUUGUCGCGAAAGAUAGGAAUGUGGAGAACGAAAAGGAGGAAUCUUUGGCGAUGGAAACUGAUGAUGAAGAGGGUUCGGAUAGUAUGGAAGAUGAGGACAUGGAUGAUUUGGAUGACGAGGUAGAUGAAGAAGGGUCGGUCGAGGAAGACGAAGAAGACGAGGAGGUCGAGGAGGAGGAGGGGGAGAAAGGUGAUGGUGGGAUUGAAGAUCGAUUUUUGAAGAUUAAGGAAUUGGAAGAGUACUUGCAGGAAGAUGAAGCAAGGGAGUACGGAACGAAGACGAAAAAGAAUGAUUCUAAAAAGGGUCAUGUGGAGGAUGAUGAAGAAGAUGAAGAAGAAGACGACGAUGAAGAAGAUGAUGAUGACCAGUUUGGACUUAUGCAGGAUCUUGAAGAUGAUGAAGAAGAAGAAGAUAAUGCCAGAUACCAAGACUUCUUUGUCGCUCAAAAAAAGACUCAAAAACCAAAUUCAAGGUUAACUAGUCAAUUGGAUGGAUCAGAUGAUGAUCAGCCAGAAAAAGGAAGCACUCUUGGUAGCAAGAAAGGUGUUCUUUCUACUCAUGAAAAAGAACAGGAGAAGCUUAGAUUGAAGGUAGAACAAAUGGAGAAGUCUAACCUUGAUCCAAAAAAUUGGAACAUGAUGGGAGAGAUAAGUGCUCCUAAAAGGCCCAAGAACAGUGCCCUAGAAGUUGAUUUAGAUUUUGAGCAUAAUGUGAGGCCUGCCCCUGUAAUAACAGAGGAGGUUACUGCAUCCAUUGAGGAUUUGAUUAGAAAACGGAUCGUUGAGGGGCACUUUGAUGAUGUCCAGAAGUCUCUUAUCAUGCCUAAUCGAGCACCAAAAGAACUGAAGGGAAUGGAUGAGAACAAGAGCAGUAAGGGGCUUGCUGAAGUAUACGAGGACGAGUAUGUUCAAACCACUGGACUCGUUUCAAAAGCAUCAUCAGUGACAGAUGAGUUAAAGAAGGAGGCAAACACACUAUUCAAGAAACUAUGUUUGAGGUUGGACGCUUUGUCACAUUUCCACUUCACUCCAAAACCGGUUAUAGAAGAUAUGUCUAUACAAACCAAUGUUCCUGCCUUGGCAAUUGAAGAGAUCGCACCUCUGGCGGUGUCGGAUGCUGCAAUGCUUGCUCCUGAGGAAGUUUUUAGUGGUAAAGGAGGAAAUAUAAAAGAAGAAUCUGAGUUGACUCAAGCAGAAAGGAAAAGGAGAAGAGCUAACAAAAAGAGGAAAUUUAAAGCUGAGACAAUAUUGAAGAUGGAAAUGAAGAAGGCCCGUGAAAGCGUCAAGCCUAAGCCAAAGGGUGAGGACUCUACAACAGAAGCCUAGUUUUUGACAAUCACUGCAAGUGCAAAGUUCAAUGCUUAGUUUGCGAGGCUGAAGAGUGUUGUUUGCUCGUUAAAAUUUUGACAUAGCCACUAUUCAAUUAGACUAUUGUUAUUGUUUUUAAUGACAUUUUUAAUCAUUAAACAUAAUUGAUGCAAAAUACAUACUUUUUAUAGAUUCUUUGUUACAUUUUCAAGAGAAUUGCCUUGUUAAUUUCUUA